AUGUGGCCCAAUACCAGCUUUGACUAUCUUCGUCGUUUACGCUCAACAUCAAGCUACGAAGAAGAAGAAUUCGAAGCUUUCUAUAUGGACCUGGAGAAGUUCUACCAAGAAGAUCAUGCCUUCUACAAGGUCAUAGUUGGCGAUUUCAACGCUAAGGUUGGCCCAAGAAGAACGCCGGAGGAACUUCACAUCGGGACCCACGGCCUACAAUGGAAUGACCAGGGAGAGAGGCUCGCCGAGUUCAUCAUGACGACUAAGACCAUCCAUGGGAACUCGCAAUUUCAGAAGCCCUCUUCUUUACGCUGGACGUGGGAGUCACCCGGUGGAGGGUACCGUAAUGAAAUAGACCACAUCAUCGUCAAUAAAAGGUUCUGCCUGACGGACGUCGGUGUUGUACCAAAGUUCUAUACGGGAUCGGACCAUCGCCUCCUCCGAGGAAGAUUUUCCUUCACAAGGAGAGCAGAGAAAGCCGCCAAGUUCAGAGAGAGAAAUCCCAGGACUACCAUCAACUGGGAUCUCUUCGCUACGCUGGCCGGCUUUUGGGAAGAUUCUGCAAUGGACAACAUCGACGAGGAAUAUGACCGGCUUGUCGAACACCUUCACGACUGCGCGAAGAAGGCUGAGAGUUUUAAAACCACCAGGAGGCGCCUGUCUCUUGAAACUCUUGAGCUGAUACGCCAGCUUGGAGCAGCACGAGCCGCAGGGAACCAAGAACUCACGUCCGAGCUCGCAAGGCUUUGCCGAGAGGCGAUAAAGGAAGACCUUAAAGAGAGAAGAGCAGAAGUGCUGGCUGAAGCUGCAGAGGCGGGGAAAAGCAUCCGCUAUGCCCGUCGAGACUCCGCCAGUCGCAAGACGAGGAUGACUGCUCUCCGGAACCCAAAGGGAACAGCCAUUGCAUCGAGAAGGGGGAUGGAGAAAAUCAUCUACGACUUCUACUCUGAUCUCUUCGACAGCCAUGUCCACUUGCCUCCUCACCAUCUGAGGGAAGAUGGACAAGUCAUUCCAGAGGUUCUCCCGUCCGAAAUACGACAUGCUAUCAUGUCGGUAAGGAAUCGUACGGCACCCGGUCCCGACAGAAUAAGACCGGAACACCUGAAGAGCCUUCCGCCAGUACUCAUCAACACCCUGGCGAGGCUCUUUACACGUUAUCUGUCGGAAUGCAAGGUUCCUAAACAGUGGAAGACCAGUAAGACCGUGUUGUUGUAUAAAAAGGGAGAUCCACAUGACAUCGGCAACUAUCGCCCAAUCUGCCUACUGUCCGUCAUCUACAAGCUCUUUACAAGAGUAAUCCUUAAUAGGAUUGAAAAAGUCUUGGAUGAAGGACAGCCAUGCGAGCAAGCAGGGUUUCGAAAAGGAUUCAGCACGAUUGACCACAUUCACACUGUUUCGAAACUCAUCGAGGUAUCACGAGAGUACAAGAUGCCGCUCUGUCUCACCUUCAUCGACUUAAAGAAGGCUUUUGACUCGGUUGAGACGGAAGCGGUCGUGGAAGCCUUGGACAACCAAGGCGUCCCUACUCAGUAUAUUAAGGUACUUCGAGAGUUGUACAGUAACUUCACGACCGGAAUUUCGCCAUUCUACAAGAACAUCAUCAUUGACGUGAAGAGGGGGGUCCGACAGGGUGAUACAAUUUCACCCAAAAUAUUCACAGCCACCCUCGAGAACGCAAUGCGAAAGUUGGAAUGGGACGACAUGGGAGUGAAGGUUGAUGGUCGGCAGCUACACCUUUUGCGCUUUGCUGAUGACAUCGUACUGGUAACACCUAGCAUCAGCCAAGCGGAACGAAUGCUGACCGAAUUCGACGAAACAUGUGGAUGCAUCGGUCUUCAGCUGAAUCUACAAAAGACGAUGUUCAUGCGGAACGGAUGGGUCUCGGAUGCCCCAUUCACGCUCAACGGAACGAACAUAUCCGAAUGCACCAGCUACGUUUAUCUGGGUCGGGAACUGAACAUGAUGAACGACCUGACCCCCGAGCUGGGCAGGAGGAGACGAGCGGCUUGGGGAGCGUACAAGAGCAUCGAGGAUGUAGUAAAGAAGACCAGGAACACCCGGCUCCGUGCUCACCUCUUCAACACCACCGUACUUCCUGCUUUGACCUAUGCUUCGGAAACCUGGGCAUUUCGCAAGCAGGAAGAAAACGCAGUGAGCGUCAUUGAACGCGCAAUUGAGAGAGUGAUGCUAGGAGUAUCCCGUUUCACGCAAGUGAGGGACGGGAUUCGAAGUUCCCUCCUACGUCAGCGAUCGAAGAUUAGAGACGCCGCCGCGUUUGCCAAGGAAAGUAAAAUAAGGUGGGCCGGACACGUGAUGCGCUUUGAUGACAACCGUUGGACCAGAGCCGUGAGCGACUGGGUUCCCCGCGAUAUUAAGCGCACUACAGGAAGACCGCCGACCCGAUGGUCAGAUUUCUUCACGAAGUCCUUGAAAGAAAAAUAUGAUGCUCUUCGUGUCCCACGCGAAAGGAGGAACCACUGGGCUACUCUGGCACGCGAUCGGGACAAAUGGAAGAAUUACUGGCGUCCGCUCGACCAGUUCGAAGAUCAACGGGAGUCAAGGUGA